UCCGGAGCUGGCAUAAACCAACUCUUUUACACCACCAAUAAUAUAGUGCCACAUCAGCUUUUUAAUGAAAAGGCAAUACAUUCUAAUACACUCAAUCACAGCUCACAUAAACCUUCAAUCCUCAAUCAAACUACACGAUAGUCUCAAACAAACCCCAAAUCAGAUUCCUCCUCUCCUCUUAGCACCGGAGCUCCACCUCGCCACUGCACACGUCGUCUCUGGAGCUGGCGCCGCCGCACCGAACUCAAGGAAGUGUUCAAGACUCAAGAGAGCCAUUCUACAGCCUAGACCACCUCAAAGUUUUGCACUACAUAAUGUUCAGGAAGUUAUAAAACCUCAAGUCUCAACCCAAACAAGUGUUGUUGGAAGUAGUGGAGUUGGUAGAUAUGGAAAAGGAAUUGGAACUAGUGCUGGAAAAGGAAGAGCUGGAAAUUGAGCUGGAAAAGAUUGAAGGGUAGUAGCAGUGUUAGUUUUGCAGGACCUUUUAUAUAUUAGGACCUUUGAUUGUUUGAACCUUUUAUGGUUACUAUUUUGUACAACUGUCCACAAGCUUAUUUGAUGGUGUUAAUGGACAAAAGUAACCUACUUUAUGUUGAUCUUAGGUAGGACCUUUGGUUAAGCUUAUAUGAUGGUGAUACUGGACAUAAGUAUCCUAUUUUUUGUUGGAUAAUAGUUUACAAAACCUUUAUG